UCUUUUCUCGUCCCUUCCUUCUUGGCUCUCUAUGUUUGAUAUUUUUAUGCUUGGUGCCGGUGGAAAAUAAAAAGCUACUUGAAUGUACAGCAUGAUGAUGGAAACGGACUUGCACUCCCCCGGCGGAGCCCAGGGCCCCACUAACCUAACGGGCCAGACCGGAGCAGGAGGAGGCGGCGGCGGCGGUGGGAACAAAGCGAACCAAGACCGGGUCAAGAGACCCAUGAACGCCUUCAUGGUGUGGUCCCGGGGCCAGCGCCGGAAGAUGGCCCAGGAGAACCCCAAAAUGCACAACUCGGAGAUCAGCAAGCGCCUGGGGGCCGAGUGGAAAGUCAUGUCCGAGGCCGAGAAAAGACCCUUCAUCGACGAAGCGAAGCGGCUUCGGGCGCUGCACAUGAAGGAGCAUCCGGAUUAUAAAUACCGGCCCCGCAGGAAGACCAAGACCCUGCUCAAGAAGGACAAGUACUCGCUGGCCGGGGGGCUGCUCAGCGCCGGCUCGGCAGGGGGAGGCCCCGCCGGGGUCGGGGUGGGCAUGGGAGUCGGGAUGAGCCCCGCCGGGGUCGGCCAGCGGCUGGAGAGUCCCGGCGGCACGGCCAGCGGGGGGUACGCGCACAUGAACGGCUGGGCCAACGGCGCCUACCCGGGCUCGGUGGCGGCGGCGGCGGCGGCGGCCGCGAUGAUGCAGGAGGCGCAGCUCGCCUACGGGCAGCACCCGGGCAGCGGCGGGCACCCGCACCACCCGCACCCGCACCAUCCGCAUCCGCACAACCCGCAGCCCAUGCACCGCUACGACAUGAGUGCGCUGCAGUACAGCCCCAUCUCCAACUCGCAGGGCUACAUGAGCGCCUCGCCCUCGGGCUACGGGGCCAUCUCCUACGGCGCCCAGCCCCACCAGAACUCGGCCGCGGCGGCCGCGGCGGCCGCUGCCGCGGCGGCGGCUUCCUCCGGAGCUCUGGGCGCCUUGGGCUCGCUGGUCAAGUCGGAGCCCAGCGUGAGCCCGCCUGUCACCUCGCACUCACGGGCUCCGUGCCCCGGGGACCUGAGGGAGAUGAUCAGUAUGUACUUACCGGCCGGAGAAGGAGGGGACCCGGCUGCGGCGCAGAGCCGGCUUCACUCCCUGCCCCAGCAUUACCAGAGCGCCAGCACGGGGGUCAAUGGCACGGUCCCCUUGACACAUAUCUGAGACGGGAGGGAAGGAGAGGGACAGAAACUUGCAUUGAACCCGGCUGAACGGUACCUCUGUCUGCCUGGCCGCCACCACCACUUCCCUCCCCAGCGCACACACCCCGCCGGCUCCCUUUUUGUACAGAAAAUGUGUGGAUGUUCUUGUAAUAAUAAUAAUAAUAAUAAAUAAUAAUAAUUAAUAAUGAGAAAAAAGGUAAUGAUUGCUCUAAUUACCUUUUUUAGGACUAGUUUCUCAAACUAGUUUUUGCGUUUUAGACUGAACUUCUGUGUUUUAUUGAGACUUUUGUACAGUAUUUAUCAUUCAUCCACGAGGCAUAGAGCGUUUUAUUUGCUAAAGAGAAAAAAAUCACAAAAAGACAAAAAAAAAUAAGAAUAAUCACACAAAGAUCUAGGCGAUGCCAACUUUUAUACCGCAGAAGCGUUACCCGCUUCUUCCUUGGAUCGCUUCUUGUGUAGGCUUUUUAUUGCCUAAUUAAGACAAAGUUGAUGGGGAAACAGUUCUCAUUUAUUACACAUGUACUAAGACAAAUCCAAAACCACACGUAAAAGUUUUUGUAGAUGUUAUUGCGGGGGUUUUAUUUGUUCGUUUAUUUAUAAAACUUUUUUUCCCGACUGCAACAUUAUUCUUGGUUUUGUAAAACUUUAUUGUACCUUUAUUUUUAUUUUUUGUUUUGUUUUUGUAUGAUUUCUUGUAAAUGCAUUGUGAAUUAAUUUUUAUUUUAGGCGUUACGAGGGAAUUGUGUAUAUAGUUUACUAAAAAGCCUUUCUGCUAAAGAAAAUUCCUAAGGAUGCGUUCGUUGAAUACUGAGUUAAAUAAAUUUCAAAGUGGAAAAAGUCACCUGUUUUUUUUUCAAUAAACCCGAAAGGUACUAAUUUUAUACGCAUGGUAUGCCUUAAAAUAUAACCGGUAAACCUAGAAAUUGAAAAGGAAUUUAAAAAAUAUGAUCAGAAAAUAACAGAAAACAAAUCCCGUAUUGUGUUUAGAUUUCUCACCAUCUAUAUAAAACUGAAGGGAUGAAAGUAACAAAAGUGGUGUAGCUUUUUUUUAAAGAUUAUUUUAAUAGCUGUUAAGUAUUGUUAAGAAGGCGACCUAUUAAAAUACUUUCCAUAGUACUCAUGGUUCAUUUUGUUUAUUUUAUUUGUGGAACUGACUGUCCAAACCUGGAGUGACUUCAUGGCUAGGAAACUUUUCCACCUUGAACUAGGUUAGGGGCUCUUCUCAGGUCUGGACGGUCUGCCUUCCCUUUCCCUCAGAUUUCAGACUGGGGAUCCCAGCAGCGAUGGGGAAUUGGAAACCUUGUCCCAGAGGGAUGCAAAAGCUACAGCAUGUGCACAAGUUCUUCUCCAAUCACCACAACAAUUGCAAGAGAAACUGAUUGGGUUUGAGUGUAAUGAAAAACAAUCUCUGUACCAAAAAUAUUAAAAGAAGUCCUGGCCCUCCCAACUCCCCCGAGGGGGCUGCAAACAACGCUGGACUUCACACACGCACACACACACACACACACACAAAUCUGUGUAACUGAAAUGCAAGUUCUUAACAACUGGUGUGAAAAGCUGUCAAGCAAAAAUGAUGUAUUUGUUCCUAACAGGAUCCUGAUGUUGUUUAAUGCUUUGAAAAAUUAUUAUAUUUUUUUCUACGUGUUUAUCGGUACCUUGCGAUAUUCUGGAAUUAAAAGUUUGCUGUAAACUUCAUUUAAUAGUAACGACAGCACUCCGUAUUGCAUUUAAAAAUCAUAUUGUAGCAAAUAAAUUUUGAAAUUAGUCGUAACAUAUUUAAACAAAAAAGAAAAAGAAAUAUUUUAACAUCCAGAGUGGAAACAUCGUUACAGCAGGCUUUAGAGCAUCUUUUUAUUGGUGGUGAAUAAGUAAUUUAUCCAUCCAAAAAUGGGGCAAUGUUAGUUGGUUAAUAAGGAGCGGGUUCGGUCCGUAUUAGAGAUUGCACUUUAACUAUAAUGCUAACAUGACAAUUGACAUAUGUAACUCUUUGGAGUCAUUUUGAUAAUUUUGUUUAAACCACUCAUUCGUUAAAGUGAUUGCGAAAUUUUACUGAAAGAUGUCUAUUGAUUUCUAACAAGGUAAUAAAAAUCCUUUUUGUAACUAUUUGGAUCCUUUAUUAAACCGUUGUGUGUGCAGGUUUAGAUUUUCAGCAGAGGAGGUUUGUGAAAUGUUCAGUGUACAAACACCGCACACACAAACCAGUACCUUAUGGGAAAGCUCUGUAGUUGUGCUCCUUUUAGCCAAGCAUGAUCCUACAUCUUUCUAAUUUAAAAUAAUCACAUCUGUACUUUUAAAUAUGCAGAAUAAAUUGAGUACCUGUUGAACUAUUUCUUAAUACGACACACACAUACACACACAUAUUUCUCGCCUCGUGGCGCAAUAUGAGUGUAUAUGUACACGCGUGUGUUUAUAGGGGUGUAUAUAUAUUUAAAAUGUUUGGUGCACCCUUGAUACAUGCCCUUUCUCUAAGAGUUACAGAGUAACUGAAGUUCCGAUUUAUUAGGGGGGAAAGAAAAUAAGCCACUAAAUUUGCAUAAACAAAAUAUAAUUUGGAAAUGCUGUUGUAUGCACUGUUCUACAUAUUAAAAUUAUGUAAUAAUCCUUUUUGGGAAAAUAAACAUUUGAACAGUUCCAAACUAAAUAUAGAACGAUUUCCAUCCACUCUUGGUGAGAUUUUUCUUUUCUUUCUUCCUUUUCUGCCCUCUCACUCUUCCUUCCCCUCCCCCAUUUAGCAUUAGCCCUAUAAAUAAUAGAAAUAUCUGCACUUUUAAUUUAUCGGGAUUAAAAAGAACAACCCCGAAUACAGUUAAAUAAAUUUCCGAGAUAUUCCGAGCAUUCCUUUCAAGGGAAUAAAAUCCUCUCCAUGAAUGUCAAAGAGAGAAUUACAUGAUUAUGUAAUGUAUUAUCUGCUCAUGGUUUAUUGGUUUUGCUCCUUUGAUUUUUUUUUAAAUCGUGUGUGGCUAUAGACAGCAUCUACAAGCAAUAUUAAAACAACUUUGUUAGGCGGAAAAAUAGGGUUAGGUAUGGUAAAAUAGUUCAUUUUUCGGGCUCUUUUCUUUGCAAGUUAUAUAUAAAUGAAUAAUUUAAUAUGCAGAACUAAAGAUAGGUUUAAACGAUUUAUGGAUUAAGUACUUUACAUCAAAAAUGUAUGAAAUGUUCAUCCUAUAACAUGAUUGACAGAGCUAUUAAAAUCACCUAUAUGGACGAAUUAAAAACUACGCAUUUCGUUUUCAGUAAAGGAGGAAAUUCCAGGCACUAAAAAGAAGGGGGCGGAGGGGAGAAUAUCGUUUGUACUGAGAUCUGUUAUAUGGAGCUUGGGGGGGUUGGAUUCAGGGCUUCCCCCCAG